CGCCGCGCGGAUGACCCAAGGACAUUCAUGACAUUAUGCCCCAAGACCAUCAUGCUCGCAGGCAUGACGCGCUGUCCCGACGCGCUCAUGGCUCUCACCUUUAUCAACAAGCUCGCCCGCCAUGUGCAUGACACCGAUGCCUCUUCCCCAGCAUGUCGAAAUGCCGAAUGAAGAUGAAAUCAGUAUCACUGAGUCCGAGGAUGACGAUCUGUUUAUGGGCAUCGUUCAGGAUACUCCGAAAGAAGAUGAAGGCAGCGAAACAGAAUCCGAAGAUGAAGGAGAAUUUAUGGAGUUCGUCAAGGGCCUUGGUGAGCACCACGCGAGACUGAAGCAGAGACGUGUAGCUGAGGAUGUGAACAUGGUGGAAUAUGAUACUAUGGAAGAGAGCGACCGAGAGAGCAUUGAAGACGAGGAGUACAACGCGGAUGAUGAGAGCGAGACUAUGGGCCUUGACACAGACAUGCUGUUGGACGACAACGAGAACGACGACAUGGACCUCGACAUUGGCACCCCUGCCAGUCAGAUCUUCCUCGCUCAAACCCAAAGCCUUGACGAAAUGAGGGAGAUGGAAUUCCAGAAACCUCUCUACUGGCAGGCCGGAGAGGGCCAAAACUACGGUAAAUGGCGCUGCACUGCUUGCGGCACAUCUUGGUGGCCUCUCUAUAAGGCUCGCCGACACGAAACUUCCAAUGCCCAUGUCAUACGCGUUGAAUACCUUGAGGAGGAAGACCAGCGACCUCCCUCACCGGCUCUUCCCCGAGUCCUUGGUCCACUUGCUCAGACGCUGAGACUUGCGGCCCAGGCCCAGCGACCUGCCUCUACUGCUGCUCCCCCUCAAGCCCCCCUUCCCACUCCUGUUUCGCCUCCACCGGCCCCUGUAGCCCCUCCAUAUUUCAGCAGCGAUGACGACGACAUGGACCCUGCACCAUUCAUAGAUGUUGAUCCACUGGAGCACGGUGGGCUUCAGGACGCUUUCCGCGAAUGGCUGGAGACAGCAUCGACCAACUCGGACACUUCACAGGAGCUGCGAGGAGAUGAAGAUGAGGGGAUAGGCCUUAACACGGGAGAACAAAGCGACGAUGCAGAUAUCUUCACUUCAGCGGAGGGUGCGCGACGUCAGCGACGGGGUGCGGGAGCCGAGGGUGACCCGGACUGGUUUCUGUGGUAUGACAAGGAGACUUGUGUAUUGGAUAUCCUUCGUCACCUCCCCCGCUCCCUCUUCUCCGACAAACAGCUAGCCACGAUCUUGUGGGCGAUGGCCGUCCUGAAAGUAGACGACCUUCCGUCAGUCAACGCUGUCAAAGACACCGGCGCUGCUAUACAUUCUCGCUAUGGGCUGCCUACCCUCCGACAGCAAGGGCGUCUUGGGCACGUAUAUUACAUCAAUGAACUUGCUUCGUUGAUUGCUCAGGAAAUGUCUAACCCUCUAAUCCGGCCGUACAUUCGCCAUUACCCUGAAGAUUCGGGCCCUCGUCUCAGCGAAGCAUGGCAAGGUCAACACUGGCUGCGUGAGAUUGAUCCGGAGCUCUGCACCCCAAUGAUCCGGAUGGGCCGCCAGGAUUUUUAUGUUUUUGAACCUGCCAAACUCGCGAACGGGCAAGUUGUCGUCCCCGAGCGCUGGUAUACUCGCAAAGGCCCAGAUGGCGUCGACAGCUUCUACGCUCGCGUCUGGCCCACGACCAUCACGUCUCUGCCCACGGGCGUGGUCGGGUAUACAGUUCAUCAGGAUGCUGCCCACGAGAUCCCAGCGAGUCACCUCCUCACGUCGUUCCCUGUGUUCAAGAACUCUCACGUGCGCGAUGGGUUGCCAGAUCCCAGGGCUAUUCUCGGGGUUGUUGACGGCCACCGGUGCCUUGGCCCUUGGACGUUGACCAGACCCCAGGAUGGAAAUCCGUGGAGAACGCGUGCAAAAGGCCAUCGUGUCGUGAACUUCAUGAUGUGGUUAUAUUGCGACGACACUUCGGGUAAUGUUUCCAAGAAAUGGAACAAGCAUAACUCAUUCCUCUUCACCGCGGCCGGCUUACCUCGUUCAAUGGUUCAUCAGGAAUCAAAUAUUCAUUUCUUGUGUACCUCCAAUGUCGCGCCGCCCCUGGAAAUGCUUGAUGGCAUUGUCAACCAACUCGAGCAUGCACAGUCACACGGCAUAUGGGCGUGGGAUGUGAGCAACCAGGAAAUGGUGCUCGUCAUCCCUGCGGUGCUAGCACUUCUUGGUGAUAACCCGAUGCAAAGCGAGCUGGCAUGUCAUAUCGGCAUGAAGGGUAAAUAUUUCUGUCGUAACUGCUGGGUCAAGGGCCAUGAUGCCGCUGACAACCCCGAACCGCCUCCACCGGACCUGGCACCCCCACAGCCACCUCUGCACCCUCCUAUAUCCCCUCAAGGCCACGCCUCUCCUCCUGGGUCUUCACGUGCUAGUUCACCUGCGUCCGAUGCCAGCACAAGCGCUACACCAAACAGGCGCCCACGCAGGGUUGUCAAAGAGACAUUACAAGGUCUUGUCGACCGUGCGCACCGUUUCUUAGGGAACAAUCGACCUCGGACGCGUAACGAGAGUCUAACAAAGCUUCGGAGUAUGUUCACAGACAGUCAAGCUGCCGGUGUGAAGUCCCGUUAUGCCUCCGCAAAAACGAAAAGUGGUCUCAAGGACGGCUUUCUCGACCACUUCCUUCAUCGCCUCUUUUCCGUUCCCACUGGACGCCAACGGCAAGAAGCUGCGGCCCUUUCAGACGGACUAACUGACCAUGACAUCCUGCGCUCGUACUUCAGCCCCGUAUGGCGCGUGAAAGGGUUAGAUCCUCACCGAGAUACCCCCAUCGAGAUCCUGCACGUUGUCUUAUUGGGCUUCGUCAAAUAUCUCUGGCGAGAUGCGGUUAAUCGGCUCAGCGACACCCAGAAGGAUCUCCUGGUGACUCGACUCAACGGCAUUGAUACAACCGGUCUUGGAUGCCCCCGCUUAGCAGGCGCGACAUUAGUCAAGUAUGCCGGCUCACUGACUGGACGGGAUUUCCGCGUCAUUUCACAGGUCGCACCCUUUGUGCUUUGUGGCUUGGUGCCUGAUCGAUGUUAUGACACUUUUGUCGCACUGUCAAUGCUCGUUCCGCUCAUAUGGCAGCCGGUGAUCGAGAACAUACACACAUUCCUUCCUCAACUCGAAGCAGCGGUUGAAUACUUCCUGCUCUGUACGGCCCGAUGGACACCACGCUGGUUCAACAAACCCAAAUUCCAUCUUAUUCGCCACAUCGUCGAUCAUAUCCGUCGAUUCGGACCCGCGAUUCUCUUCGCCACCGAAGGCUUUGAAUCUUUCAAUGCCAUAAUCCGUGACUUCAGCGUACACAGCAAUCGGUUGGCCCCUUCACGAGACAUCGGGGGAUCAUUCAUGCAGCGCGCUCCCAAAGAGCCGGAUUCCGAUAAUCAUCCACUGCCCUUCAAUGACGACCCGCGGGCUUGGCGUCGUGCCGGUCGCCAUGUCCUUGCCCUCACUUCUCCGCAAUCAGUGGGGCCCGUGAAGAAUGCGAUCAUGGCGGCCUUUCAUUUGUGGAAUGUUGAUGAAGCCCCCAUACCGGGUCUGGCAAGACACGACAAAACGCGUCCUCGCCCUCCCAUGAGGACUUUGACAUACAACCGGUUACCAGGGGUGCUAACAACCCUCGCAGGUUUCGAGGUUCAAACAUGUCAAUCGGCGCAGGCACGGAAUGGUGAUACCUGCUCCGUUUCGACUUUCGUCCUUGUCGCCGACACUGAUGGAGACGCCCGACCCAUUAUUGGACGUAUCGCCGAAAUCCUCCAAGUCUGUAAUACCGCCUCUGCCGUCGACAGUCUGGCAGACUACAUCCUCCUUGAGGAGUUUGUGAGUCACGGGGCAGCCGAGCCUUACAAGUUGCCUGCCAUUGUUUCGACAACAUGGCGAUUGGUUCACGCAAUGAACCUCCUCUGCCUCGUAAACGCACAGCACAAUUGCGCGCGCGCACGCUGCACUGACUCUGGAUUGGAGCGAAUCCGUGAGGAGCGAGAGCUCACCUCUCGAACUCGUCGAGUGGUGGUGCACCAGGAUAAUAGUCACUUUGUCUUGAACACUUGCCAGAUGCGAGACGCGGUCCACGUGCAGCGUCAUCGGAUUGCACCAGCACCUCUCGAUCGUCUCGCAAGCACCAUCCCCUCGAUCACUCCCACAGCCACUCCCUCGUUCGCGGUUGAACGUUGUUGCUCUGAUGCCUUAAACAUCGCACCAGCCCCUUCGCUCACCCACUGCAUCUCCACCAUGAACGCAGACGACCAUCACAUUCCCCACACGCACCAGAGCAUUCCACUCAAUCGUUCGCACUCCAGCACCCACUCCAUUCCCGACUCCUUGCCUUCAUCACACCACUCCAGCCCCCUAUACUCCGAUUCCCCUCUUUCUAUGCCCCAUGACUCUUCUCUCCGGCGCAGCUCAUCAUCGGCAACCUCAAACAUGUCUUGGACACCUGAGGCAACAGACGCGCUCCCUGCAGACCCUGUGUUUCUCAACAACAUUGCUGACCAGCUUCGGCAUCCCGAGCACUUUACUAACAGGUGGGCGUCAGAGAUCACUGACCAACCCACUAUCCCCCAUCCUCUUCACUUGCCGGCCUCUCGUUGUGGUGACGAUGAUCGAUCCGACGACGAGCACCUUGUCUUUGGUGCUAUGGGCGCUCCCCGGGUGCCCAAGGUUUCCGAAAGGCUAGGUGAAAUGAAGAACUGGGCCGAGUCAGUGGCAAACACCAAGAAUCUGGACGGCUCCCAACGUGAGGACCUUGUCUCUCUUGUUGAGCUUGCACAAUCUCAGUCGGCGCCCUUGGUCCAAAUGUUCGUCUGGUCGACAGCUUGCCAAUACGACAGUCAAAAUGAGAUUCGUGGGGCGCGUGAGGAGGGGCGACGUCUCUUUCCACUGGUGGAAAAGCUUUUGGAGCAGCUGGCAGCAGCUUGGGACCUGUCGAGCGGUCAGAAGGAAAGUCGGCGAACGAAGUUUGACACGCUGCAGCACAAUAUCAUGGAUUAUCUGAGGAAAGAGGCUGACUCUUAUGGGCUAACGAAGGCGUUUGGGGACAAGGUCUCCAAAGACGUGGUGACGAAGUUUUGUAAUCGAGCGAGCGGGAAGGUCCGCAACAAUUUCAGACAAAAGAUUAUCGCGGGAUUGUUUCCGGAGAAGGGCAAGCCCCUCGCGUUGGACGAGCACACGAAGAGCCUUGCAACCACCUUCAAGAAAAAUUCCGCAAGCGGUCUCACCAUCGAGCAUCACCUUCAAGUCUUGAUCCUGCGCCACUAUGCCAAGGACCACAAGUAUAAGAAGUCCGACGACAAGGAUGACACCAACGAUAACGACAAUGAAGACGACGAGGAUGAUGAGGACGACGACGACGAUGAGGACGACGACAGGAACGCACGCGCCGGCCGACGUGCUCCGUCUCGACGCCAAGGUCGUCGCUCUUCUCCACCAGCCGGUCGUGUCCCCAAAGACAAGGCCUUUUGGCCAUACAUAGAACGUCGCUUCGCUGAGUCUAUGAAGAAGUUUGGUAAAGAAACUAAGAGCAGUGAAUGGAAGCACAAUAUUUUUGCGCAGGAUGAGGCGACUUAUGGUCGCUGCUCCAUCUCCCUUCCCGAGAGCUUCCCCGCACCCGAACCUAGUAGCUCUCCGCGUCAGAUGCGCACCACGUCAGCAAGUGCAGCCCCAUCACCUGCUCCUGGACCGGUUGUGGCGGCUCCACCCAGCACGUAUACUCUCCCUCCUUCGACAAUCGCGGUGGCUGCGCCACCUCCAAGACCCCGCACGAGUGGCCGCAAGCCCAAGAAGGUCCCCGAUAAUGCUCCGCAGGUUCCUGCUGGGCCGGAUGACGGUGGUGCGGGCGAGGGGAGGCGGCUGCGUAGUAAGCGUUCACCUAAUGCUUAG